UCACCCGAUUCCGUGUUCAUUUAGACGUUCCUACGCGAUGCAGAUGAUGGACCUAGAUGACGGCUCUCCAGCAGCGCCGGUGCGUCCGCCCACCUUCGCAGAGUGUUACGUGUGUCACAAGCAGUUCGGCUCGCGCUCCAUCGCGCUGCACGAGCCCAAAUGUCUGGAGAAGUGGCGGGCGGCGAACGGGGCGCUGCCGGCCGGCCGGCGCGCCGCCACUCCGGUCCGUCUGGAGGCGCUGCCCGUGCGCCGCGCGCCGCCUCAGCCGGCCGCCUCUGUGGCGUCACUCACCGCCUCCUGGCCCUCCAGCAACGGCCUGCUGAAGGCGGCGCUGGCGGCCGGGCCAGCGGCGGGCGCGCCGGGGCGGCUCAGCACCCCCGGCGGGGGCCGCGCCGCCCGGCCGCAGACCACCACCCUGAGCCGGCCCAAGGUGCUGGCCGCCGAACACGCCGCUCAGGUGGACAUGUCGGCACACCGCUGCAGCGAGCUGCUGGCGCUCACCUCGCUGUCGGGCGCCGAGCGGCCGGCGGGCUCCUCCUCCGGCUCCAGCUCCACCAGCUCCUCCUCCUCCUCAUCCUCCAAGUCCUCCAGCUCCUCCGGCGCGUCAUCCAGCUCAUCACCUGUCUCUGAUGACGUCAGCGAGUCGUCCAGCAGCCGGGCGGCCCGGCCGGGCACCAUGCGUCUCGCCGUCGGACCGCGCGAGCUGCACGUGCCCAACAUCGAGCAGCGCGCGCGGACGGCCGUUCUCUCUCCUGGCCGGUCGAGCAGCCACAGCCGCUCGCCGCCGGCGGUGGCGCGGUACCGGGACGGCAUGCCCUCUCCCUGCGUCACGUGCGGCAAGACCGAGAACCCGGAGCGCUUCCACAGCCACCCGGAGGAGGGCCAGCGGGAGCCGGCGCGCGCCGCGCCGCGCCGCUUCUUCAGGAGACGGCACUCCAUCCAGAAACCGGUGCCGGUGCGGUUUCACGCGCAGCCGUCGCUCGACCCGGCCGCCAAGCGGAAGCAGCAGCAGCGCGACAAGAAGCGCGCGCAGCAGCGUCAGCAGCAGGAGGACGAGGCGCAGCAGCGGCUGCGCGAGGAGGAGCAGCAGCGGCACCUGGCCGAGACGCUGGCGCGCUACGGCCGGCCCGCCGCCGGGCCCACGUUCGUCGUCUGCUACGUGUGCGGACGGCAGUUCGGGGCAAACUCGCUGCCCAUCCAUCAGCCCCAGUGUCUAGAGCGAUGGUUCAAGUCCAACACGGCGCUGCCCAGAAGGAAGAGAGGGCCCGCGCCGCAGCCGCCCGACCACCUGCCUGAAGGCACCCCCAUCGACGAGUACAACCGGCUAGCUACCCUGGAGGCUCAGAGGGUGAGUGGAGAACAGCAAGAGCAGAACCAGAAGCGGACUCCGGUACCGAGCACUACCCCGACGCCUCCGGUCUCUAAGGCAGACGAGAGCUUAUUUUUCAUCGAGUUUUGAGUGUUGAAAAUGUGAUGUCUCAACAACUACCUUAUCGUUGAAUGGCGGUGUUAAAUAAAAUAAACAUAGCAGCUACACCAUGUGUAGUUAGCUAAUAAUUAUAUGAUUUGACAAAGUAUGAAUGCCUAGUGUAAUAAAAUGA